AUGUCUCAUUCUAUGGUUGGGUUUGCGGAUCUACCAAUUUCCAAAAACUUAUCCAAGAACCCAUAUCGUCAACAACCAGUCUCAUCUGAUUACCUCAGAUCCAGAUCAACUUCUCAAGAUGUCGAGUUUCCUUCUUCUUCCAAUAAACCAACGCCAGUCAGAGCAGUCUUUGAUGAUCUGCAUACUGCCCACUCCUCAAUUACGUCAGGAAAUAAAAGAACCUUAAGUGGGCGGCGUGCAAUUUCACACAAUCUCUUCGAACCACCCGAAAGAUCCGAUUCAGUACCACUCCAGAAGAUAGAGAGAAAGCGCGGUACCAAUGUCGAGUCGUUUCUUCAAAACAUACCACUUCCUCCACCUCCUGCUGCCCUGUUCGGAGGCCGUUAUGGGUCUGAUGUUGAAAAUUCCACACCGGUUCCUCGCUCAAGAUCACAACGCCUUCCAUUAACGGUCAAGGUCGAACCUGGCUCUUUGCUUGGCAACAUGAAAACCGCACUCACAACUAUAUCAUCACCCAUUACACAAGAUUUAAUAGAUGAAGAAAAUAAUGCUCCGGAUCGGCCACCAGAAAAUCUCAACAUUGCAAAGGGCACUUUUGGGAAGAAAGCAUCAGGUUACAUGGCGCUUGUCAAAGAAAAUGAUGAAAAGGAUCCAUCUACCCCAGAAGCUCGACAAUCAGGUCAUGGUGGAAAUGUUAGAGGCAAAUCAAGCAUUCAAUUUCAAGGUCAUGACUUUCCUAUUCCUCAUUUUCCUCUUGGUGAAGCACUAUCGGGCUCGUCAAGUAGUGAUGAAGGAGGGAGUUGGAGACACAGCUAUGAUUUCCGUCGAGCUACUAGCACUGUUGGCAACAUCUAUAAGCAUUAUCUUCACUCCAGCGGAGGAGGGGCUGACACCGAUAGCGAAGAAGAGAUGAAUGAGAAAAGCCCUCUACGAGGAGAAAUUGCCACUCAAGAUUCAGAUCAUCAACACUACAUUCGCGAAUUUGACCUAAAUAUGAGACUGGACUCUGAAGAAAUGUUGCCCACCGCUCUUAAUAUACACAAACAACGCAAAGUCGUUAGGGUAGCCGAAGAGCCUAAUAAUCAGCCACCAACUCGUACUUUGCCCGAAAUACCAAUCCUUGACGUGCCAAUAAUUGCUCCAAAUACAUCUCUAGGAAGCGGUCAACCUUCCUACGGCGAUACACACAAACUCACUCAAACAACUAAAGGGGUAUCUCGAAAGGUUUUGCAGCAGAGAACCAACGACAUGGAUUCCGAUGUAGAUGACUCUGAGGCAGAAGUCUCCGCGCAACUACAUGUACCCUCGUUUCCCUUCACAACACCAAAAAUUCAAGCCACCCCAAAAGUCAUAAUCUCUCCAGCAGAUGACCCUUCGGUAUAUGGAGAUGAUCCUCAUUGGACGGACCCGGUUAUGAUGCGACAGCCAUUGGAGAGAGAAGUCAGCAAAGCCCUCCGUCGUGCUAGUGGCUAUAGUGUCUAUAGUAUGGAAAGUGCAUCAACUUCAUUGACUCGCCGGAAUGAGCAUCCUCGACCUCAGAGGUCUGGAUUGAAUUUCUCAAGGAAAAUCAACGUCGAGGAUACACCCCCAUCUGACUCCGGAAGCCUUAGCACUGAGCAAAGAGACUUCAUAGCACAGGCGCAAGCCUUUUAUGAUCGUGGAGCAAUUGCACCAAAUUGGGUUACUGCUAAUCAUCAGAAUGUUGUUCGCAUCCCGAUUAGUCACAGUGUUAACCUUCCAGAUUCUCCUCCAGAUUCUCCUAACGAUCGACCUCAUGAAUCGUCCGAAAAACAUACCACACCUACUGAGGCCGAGGAUUGGGAAACUGUGGCAGACAGUGCUACAGGACCUUUUGGUCGUUCCAAACCAAACGAACCAAUGAUGAUGGGAGGUCUUGUAAAUAGAGCUGGAAGCAGCAUUGCAGAUAACUCAGAUGAUGGCACAGAUAGUACGGAGCCACUACAUAUUGAUGAGUAUGGAUCUUCGGACCGUAUUGCGCAUCACCCAGGCAAUAUUGAAUACUAUGGAGAUUAUCGCCAGAGAGAUCUAAAAAGACUCACAUUCCUAGAACAUAAGGUCAAUGGAUAUCUUGCAGAUUCAAAUAGGACACGACCACCUCCGAAUUAUUACAACUACAAUCCGCAACCUCUUCUCAAAACUCAUACCAAUCCAUUCAAAUCUCCUCCACCGAAGAUGAAACCACCUCGUGGUCAAAACAUCAAUUUGAUUCCGCCAUCCCUACACACAAGCGAGGAAAGUGCAGACUUUACAAAUUCAAAUCAAGGCCAGCAAGUUCCUUCCGGAAAUAAAGGUCAUGUAGAUGAUCGCUUGAGAUUCGACUGGACAGGUGAACUGGAGCCAGGAAUCGCUUUGGGUGGUUCUAGUGAUAAUCUAUCACCGUUGAAUAAAAAGCGAUCCAGUUCGUGGCAAUAUGUUCUGGCCCUUGGUGAGAAGAUUGCUAGUCCAAAGAGAGAACUAUUCGCGACAACGUCAACUACCAGCAGCAAACAUAAGGAAAUCAACAUCGAACUGAAGGCUACCGGUGCUUCAAAGCCUCAAGGUCAAAAGCCUUUCAUUAAAGGUCCUCCAGGUGCCUUCUAUAGGGAUUUACAUUUGAACUCGAAGCAUGAACCAAGGCGUGCUAGUUUGAUUCAGGCAAAAAGACCUGCUAAACUUCCUGCUCAGAACAAUAAAACAAAGGAGUACCCUACAAACACCCUUCGGCCUUUCGCACUGCUGGCAUCUACUACUAAUACACCUUCAAGCAUCGAAGAUCGUCUGAUUGUUAAGCAACCUUCAACACCUGCUCGCAACAAUAAGAACCGGGGUGCUGAAAGUGAUAAUCCGAAUGACUUCAUUUAUCGAUCACCUCUUGCUCCACCCAAGCGUCCAAGCUGGCAAGAUUUGUACAGUCCCCGUCAAUUGCAGGAAAUUCAAAAUGCUGCAAUUUCAGACGGUUUCUUUGAAUCCCAACCGGUACUUGGUAAUAACCCUCGUGAUUCGAAAGGAAAUACAUGGAAGCAUCUAUUUGAAAACCCCAAGUUAUCUCCUUGGUCUCAAAACCCUGCUCAUAUCAUUAUUGAAGCUAGUCGGAAGAGAAGCAUCUCAAUCAUGGUCUUGGCUUUGUGUAAUUUAUUUCCUCCAAUUCUAUUAUUGUAUGCAACUGGUAGAAUGGAUGGAGUCAUUGUGUGGUGGACAAAUGGGGAUUUUUCAUCUUUUGCAUUAAAACAAAAGCGAUACGCAUGGUUAUUAUUGGCUUGUUGGAUGUGUCUUAUUGCUAUUGGUCUUGUCGCAUUUUUGAUUAUUUUCUUUACAAAAUUGCGUUAG